AUGGUCAAGCUCAUCAAAAUUCAUACGUGUAUUUUCUAUUUAUGUAUUUUCUGGCUUGCGGGUAUCAUUUACAUUGUGACACUUCGUGAUAAGCCUCUAGCUUUCGAGAACAAUGAAAUUCAUGAUGGGGGAGGUAAAAACGUGAUCGUACAGAAGGUCCUGCAUGAUGCUCAACAGAAUACUGCGGCGUUGCAAAAACCAUCCACCUAUGCAGCUCCUAAGGUUCCAGCGGAAACAAUUCUUCUGCCUAAACCUGAGCCAAUUCUACCUUGGCAUGAGUUUGACAGUGAUAGCUAUGUCAGGAAAGGUGCUUGGGAAGAGGGAGAGGAUAAAUAUGCUAAAAAUAAGUUCAAUCAAGCUGCUAGCGAUGCAGAAAAGAUCGACAGACCCAUUAUGGAUAGUCGGGAGAGAAACUGCAAAAACUUGGAAUAUCCUGAAUGGAGUUUGGAGCCGACAUCUAUCAUUAUAACCUACCAUAACGAAGCUAGAUCUACACUUCUUAGAACAGUUGUUAGUGCGUUGAUGAGAUCACCUCCAAAACUCUUGAAAGAGAUAAUUCUGGUUGAUGAUGCUUCUGAAGACGAAUCAGUUGGUAGAGAAAUUUCUCAGAUAGAUAAAGUGACCGUUUUGCGGAAUGUCAAUAGAUCAGGCUUGAUUCGAUCUCGUGUUCGUGGAGCUCAGUAUGCCACUGCUCCGAUUCUCACCUUCCUCGACAGUCACGUAGAAUGUAAUGAGAUGUGGUUACAGCCUCUCCUAGAAAGAAUCAGACAAAACCCAAAAGCUGUCGUAGCUCCUAUCAUCGACGUCAUCAACUUAGACAACUUUCACUACAUUCCGGCGAGUGCAGAUCUUCGCGGAGGAUUUGAUUGGAAUCUGGUAUUCAAAUGGGAGUUCCUUACUGGAUCACUGAGAGACGAACGUCAUAAUAAUCCCACCGGCCCUAUCAAGUCUCCGACUAUGGCAGGUGGUUUGUUCACGAUUCGGAAAGAUUGGUUCGAAGAGUUAGGUACAUAUGAUAUGGAUAUGGAGAUUUGGGGAGGAGAAAACUUAGAAAUGUCUUUCCGUGUUUGGCAAUGUGGAGGUUCCUUAGAAAUUUUGCCCUGCAGUAGAGUAGGUCACGUGUUCCGCAAACAACAUCCGUACACGUUCCCUGGCGGUUCAGGAAACGUUUUCCAAAAGAACACGAGGAGAGCCGCGGAAGUUUGGAUGGACGAUUAUAAAUCUAUCUACCUUAAGAAUGUACCAUCAGCUCGUUAUGUGAAAUUCGGAGAUAUUUCUGAGAGACUUGCUCUACGUGAUCGUCUUCAGUGUAAACCCUUCUCGUGGUAUUUGAAAGAGAUUUAUCCUGAACUGAAGGUUCCCAAUAAAGACUUCGGGCAGUUGUAUCAUAUUAAGAACGGAAACAUGUGCUUGGAUACAUUAGGAAAAAAAUCUGGAGAAACUCCUGGUGUUUACCAGUGCCAUGGAACAGGAGGAAAUCAGGAAUGGGCUUACGAUGCCACGCAAGGAACCUUACACAGCACUAUCUCAAAGCUGUGCUUGAGUUUACUGGACAUCAAUCGUAAUGUUCAAGUUGUAAUGAAAGAUUGCGGAGCUACUACGCACCGUCUAAGAAUUGAAAAGAACACUGGCUGGAUCACACAAGGAGGAAAGUGCUUGUUAGCCUUCAAGAAAGACGAUGGUGAGUGGGCUCUAGAAGCUAAGGAGUGCGAUGCUAAAGAUGGAACCCAACGAUGGGUUUUUGAAAAAGCAACGCUCUUCCAAACCUAG